GUCUCAAGACGUCCCAUGGCCGUGUGGUAUCUUGGUGUAAAAGAAUGUGAAUAAACCUGCCACAAGAAAUCAAGACAAUCUGAAAACGAUGGACAUCCACGAUCAGGAUGCCACAGCCAGAUGGGAGGAGCUGGGCAGCCGUGACCCGAGCUCCAGGGAGGCGGCAAUGGAGCACAUCAGCCAGGAGGUGAUGCGGAGAGUGGAGGGCAUUGUGCCGAUACCAGCUGCCGUCCCCUCCCCUCCAGCUGCUGCAUGUCCCCCCGCCAGCGACCUGAACGACAUCCUAGCACGUCUGCUCAUGUUGUCCAAGCGAUGCCCCUUCGACGACGUCAGAGAGCGAUGCAUUUGGCUGCUGCGAAAUGUCCAGGACUUAGGAAUUCGGAUCCCAAGACCACUGGGAAAUGGACCAAGCCGAUUUAUUCCUGAAAAAGAGAUUCAAGUCAGCAAAGUAGAUCCAAGGACACAGUCGAUAUUCGAGGACGCUUUCGCCGCACUGGGUCGGCUUGACAACAUCUCCUUGGUCAUGGGCUUCCACCCCCAGUACCUGGAGAACUUCCUUAAGACCCAGCACUACCUCUUGCAGAUGGACGGGCCCUUAUCCCUGCACUACCGCCACUACAUAGGCAUCAUGGCUGCGGCCAGACACCAAUGCUCCUAUCUGGUCAACCUUCACGUCAACGACUUCGUUCAGGUUGGGGGGGACCCCAAGUGGCUGAAUGGCUUGGAGGGAGCCCCAAAGAAGCUGCAGGCUCUCGGGGAGCUCAACAAGAUCCUGGCCCACAGGCCCUGGCUUCUCACCAAGGCACACAUUGAGAACCUGCUGAAGGCUGAAGAACACAGCUGGUCCCUGGCUGAGCUGAUCCACGCCGUGGUGCUGCUCACACACUACCACUCCCUGGCCUCUUUCACUUUCGGCUGCGGCAUCACCCCCGAGAUCCACAGCGAUGGAGGCCACACCUUCCGACCCCCCUCGCUCAGCCAGUACUGCGUCUGUGACAUUGCCAAUGGCAACGGGCACGGCAACCACCCGGAGGAGAAACUCGGCAACCACCAGGAGGUGUCAGGUGAGGUUGAGGUGCUGAUGGAGAGGAUGAAGCAGCUGCAGGAGUGCCGCGACGAGGAGGAAGCCAGCCAGGAGGAAAUGGCCACGCGCUUCGAGAGGGAGAAGACUGAGAGCAUGCUGGUGGCCACAGCGGAGGAUGACGAGUGUGUCCCCUCGCGAGACGUGUCCAGGCACUUUGAAGACCCCUAUGGGUACAAGGACUUCUCCAGGAGAGGAGAACAUGUGCCCACCUUCAGAGUUCAGGACUACAGUUGGGAGGACCACGGUUACUCCCUGGUGAACCGCCUGUACCCCGACGUCGGUCAGCUGCUGGACGACAAGUUCCAGAUGGCCUACAACCUGACGUACAACACCAUGGCCACGCACAAAGACGUGGACACCUCCAUGCUGCGCCGGGCAAUCUGGAACUACAUCCACUGCAUGUUCGGCAUCAGGUAUGACGACUACGACUACGGGGAGAUUAACCAGCUGUUGGACCGCAGCUUUAAGGUCUACAUUAAGACCAUGGUAUGCAGCCCGGAGAAGACUACCAAACGAAUGUAUGAGAGCUUCUGGAGGCAGUUCCAACACUCCGAGAAGGUCCAUGUUAACCUGCUUCUUAUGGAAGCGCGCAUGCAGGCAGAACUGCUCUACGCUCUGAGAGCGAUCACCCGCUACAUGACAUGAAGUGCUUUUGGCUUUUAACGUUGUCUUUUACUGUUGUCAUUGUUCCUCUCGUGAAUUACUUCAAAAUGGAAAAAAAUGAAAAAAACCAAGAGGGAAAAACAGAAAACAAAAAAAGAUCGACAGAAAGGAGCCCCGUCCUUGUGAUGGACGAAAUGGGAAAAGGAAGAUGAACAGAACAAAUGAAAGUGAGAAGAAAAAGCAAGAACUGCAUAAAGAAAUCCUCUUAACCCAUUUGUGAAUAAGAUAAGCUGUAUGUCCUCUUUGCCCGCAGUGCCAAAACUCACCAUGAGGGUGCAGCAUGGAGCUCUCUCUUUGCUGGGGGAGUGUGUGCCAGGCUAGAGGGCAGAAAAAGAAGGCACAGGCCAAACUUCCAGUAUUCCAAUACAUCUCAGUGAAUGAUGUCACUAAAAUCUAAGUGUGAAAACCCACAGGAGUUCUCCAGAAAGUAAAGCGGUGCAGCAGUCAGCACUCGAUAAUGUAGUCACUGUUUUUUUGUUUGUUUUUUGUGUGUGUUUCCUUUCAUUUUUUUUGUAUUAGGAGAAGCUAUCAUUGUGUGGUUGAUGUCAUUGUUAUUGCGGUAACUGGAGGUGAUUGGAAGCAUUAUUCUGGCUGUGUAUUCAAUUGUGCCUGAUUAUACAGCACAGUGUGUAGAGGUGCUGCCUGAUACUGCUGCUUUGUGAAAGCUUGUGUAAGCAGGGGGUCAUAUUGACCCCGCUCAGCCCCCCCCUCCCCUUACCCCUAUCCAUCCUAAACCCACAGCAUUACCCCCCUCCCCCCAACACAAUCACCCCUUAAAAUGUUUAAGCUAAUCCGAGGAAGUUUGUGAAAACGAAAAGGCGUUGGGAAAAUGUAAAAAGAACACUGUCUGAGCCCUAUUAAGUUUGACUGUAUGUAUGAUGAACCCAAUCUGUAUGAGAGGUGAAUGUUUGACAAAGAUCAUGUCAAAAAGUGUUUUGUGACUGUGUGUUUUAUAUAAAAAAAAAAGAACGAAAAAAAAAUGUUGACAUUUCAAACUUAAAAAAAGAAUGCGAGGCACUUUGAAGGAUGAGACCUCAUGCUUCUGCUGUAGCUUAAUGUGUGGUGACUGUUGAAUCUCUGUUUCUGGUAUGAAGCUUUGUCCUGUAAGGAAAAAAAACUAAAGCUAAAACAAAAAACUGUUUUUUAGAAACCAGGUAUUCCAGGGGAUUGAGGAAUUGCUUCUGGUUGUUGUAAUGAUAACCUCACCGGUCUGUCUUCCGCUGACCUUAGACCCUGGCCUGGACCUUCUUACACUUUCAAAGCUUUGGAUUGUGAAUUUUACCAGUAAAUACAUACCUCUUCUGUUUUCUCUACUAUCAUAAUAAGAAGUGCUCUUUACUGAGCGGAAUUAAUCUUAUGUCUGUGUUGCUUGACUUCCAUUCAUAGGGGGCCUGGUUGGUCAUCACCCGACCGACUGGUUGAUACGGUCCAAAUGGUCAGACCACAGUUGGUCAAAGCUGUGCUUAUUCCCUUUGUGGAAGCCUAACCAGUGUGAAAUCAACUUUUCUGUUUUAUUUUUAAACAAGGGUUGUCCUUUAGUUAAAUUUCUGUUAGCUGAAAAAUGUUAAGUACAGCAUUCUUCUGAGGGUGGAUUGAGUUGGACAGUUGAAUGAUUGUUUGAUGUUGAGGAAGGAGGAUGGUUAUGGAAUGGUACAUUAUUUGAAGGUGUUUGUGAGAGAAAGUGUAGAGGUUUUAUCAAACUUCUGACGUCAGUUACUGACACUUUUUUUUAUAUAAAAAAAAUCUAAGACUAAAAUAAAGUAUGUUAUUGAAACAUCA